CUUAGCAGCAGUUAUCUCAUAUGUUGUGGUCGAAGCUCAGUAGCAGCUAACGUAGGUACAAUUCAUCACCGGCUCGGACUAGUAGGCUAACCUGCGAACUCAUGCCAGCUGUAUUUAGUCGGUAAACGUUAUUUGGGGAGAUAUUUCCGUGUUCUGCAUCCUCCGUUUCUGACCGGUGGUGGUCAUUGGCUGAAGGGAGACGUUAAAGGAUAGAUAUGGCCUCAACUCCACCACCACCACCGCCACUGCCACCGCCAACACCUUGCUCUAAAAAGCAGCCAUGUACCACAAAUCAUAAACCGGUACCAAGCCCUCAGCAUGCUGCAAUACCUUUUGUGGACCCUCCCAUCCAGGAGACACAUCCUUCACCAGAGGCUCAAGGUGCAGAAGCCCCACCAGUGCAAAACGGACUCCUGUCUCAGCAGUCACAAGAAAGCAGUGAUUCUGACAAUGAAGAGAAGGACCGUUCAUCCCAGGAAACUGACACUGCACCACAGACUGCAGCAGAGCCAGGUGAAGAAGCCACUUCAGAUGGACUCGAAUGAAGGGACUACUGGGCCAGGAGCACUUUAGUAAAACCAAGCUGUACAUUUACCAGUACCAGAGAGUCACUGGCCCCAGCUGAAUGGCUUCCAAAGUGCUCUUGUCCUGUCACUUGAAUUAACCUCAAUCAUAAGCUGUCUCUGUCUCGCUUGCACUUUCACUUAGAAUAAGCUUUUUGUUUUUGCACACAAAUAACAAUAAGUACAGUAUAUAAAGCUGUAGAGACAGUGGCAAACAAAGUGUAAUUGCUGAAUUCUAUAAAAAUGAAUAAACAAUUACACAUGAA